AUGGAAAAUAAUACCCAUCAGAUAUCAAGUCAGCAACAAAGGGCAAGAAGGGCCAAAAACGAAAGAAAGAGGAGACAAAAUAUGAAUGUCGAGCAAAGAGAAAACCAUUUAUUGAUACAAUGUGGCAAUUAUAGGCGGCGAAAAGAGCAAGAUAAGCAAGCUCAAACAUCUCGCACUAUAAAUAGUCGACGAAGAGUUCCAUUUUAA